CCUGAGCGAUCUUACUCCAAUUGUGUGAGGUUUUUGGCUGGUGGGAGGCGGGGCGCUCAAUAAUAUUGAUAUAGCGAUGGUGGACGCGAAUACAAAGAAGGCGUUAAGUGCCAUUCCCUUGUUGAAAACUAAAGCUGGUCCCAGGGACAAAGAUCUUUGGGUGACAAGGCUAAAGGAGGAAUACCAAGCUCUGAUCAAGUAUGUGCAAAAUAACAAGGAGCAAGACAAUGACUGGUUCAGAUUAGAAUCCAACAAAGAAGGCACAAGAUGGUUUGGGAAGUGUUGGUUUGUUCAUGAGCUUCUGAAGUAUGAAUUUGAUGUUGAAUUUGAUAUCCCCGUCACGUAUCCAGCCACAUCGCCGGAAAUUGCCCUUCCCGAGCUCGAUGGGAAGACUGCAAAGAUGUAUCGGGGUGGCAAGAUCUGCCUCAGUGAUCACUUCAAACCGCUGUGGGGAAGGAAUGUGCCAAAGUUUGGCAUUGCCCACGCCAUGGCCCUGGGGCUGGGACCCUGGUUGGCGGUGGAGAUUCCAGAGAUGAUCCAGAAGGGCGUCGUCCAGUACAAGGAGAAGAGCGACGGCGCCGCCGCCUCGUGACAAGCUUCGCCGGCGACUUCUCGUGACGCCCACCCUCGACACACACAUUCGCGUUCUUAAAGCUGAAUAUAUUUUAUUUACCUCAA